UUGAAAAAAAAAUGGAUCGAAAAGCCAAAACAUUACGAGUUUAAAAAUUUGUAGACCAGCAAAAAAAUUUUUAUUAUUUGAAAAUCAAUAUGCUAUUUGGCUGAAAGUUAAAUAGACAAAAAUACUAACUAAGAAUGUAAUAGUAGAGAAAAUAUACUAAGAAGAAAACAAUGCCUCAACUACAGAGAUUCCUAUUAAAGUGUUUCAUUUAAAAGGUGGAAAGUUUGAUGGAAAUUAUAAAAACAAAUAUUUCAUUUCGCCAUCAAACGACUAAGCGGAAUAAUUGAUGAAGAAAUUUUCUUAAGAUAUUGUUUUCGUCUUAGUCUUAGUCUUUUUAUACUGGCCUUUGGAUAAAAGACGAGAAAGUUGGUCACCAUGCGGGAAAAGUCGUCACUGUUUGUCUUUUUCCUGGAACUUACCGCGGCAUUUCAUGGGAAGCAUCUUUAAUCUUAAGUGGAGGGGAAGGAGGGAUUAGGAAACCGCGUUUCGCAUUUCUUACUGUCUUUGUGUUGCUCUUUCCUUACUCCUUUUAGUCUUGAGUCGUGUUCGACUCGAUCCUUUAUUUAAUUUUAGAAGAAAUUUCCCCAUGCCUCCACGCGAUGCUCUGUUGCUUGCAAUUAAUGGUCUUUCACUCCUCAGCUUCUUAAUUUGUUUGCUCUACUUUUUAUGCUUACAAUUACAACGCGUGCUUGGGGUCCAAAACGACUCAAUGGAUUGCCUGAGCUUGCUGGAGAUCGCCACUGGCUUGUGCUUUUGCAUUUGCGGGCAUAUUGCCGAUAUCUACUAUCUUGAAGAUAAUCUUCAACGACUUCGGCGUGAGAUGGACUCACUCCAAAGUCGCAGAAAUAGCAUAUGCCAAGUGGUGGAAAGCGUUAUUGAGCGAGAACCACGAAUGAUACCUGGGGAAGAAGUGCAAGAAUGGCUGACAAGUGCAGAAUAAUUGCUGAUUGUAUUGAAUGUAGUUGUUGGAGAAGGCGAUAGAGCACUCCGAAAGACAGCUUUGGGAUAUCGCUGGUACUUUAACUUCGUAUCCAACUACAAGGUUGGAAAGCGAAUAGUUCAGCAGUCGAAAUCUGCCGCUGAUAUGAUUGAGCGCGGUCGCCGAUUAGAGAAUGGCCAUUUAACAACGAGGAAGCCACGUAUGCGGCUUCUCAUGCCUAAGCUGCUUGUGGAAAACACAGUUGGCCUAGACUCGAACGUGAGAAGGGUAUGGAGAUGCAUUGAAGAUAAAAGUACUCGAGUUAUCAGGUUAUGCGGCAUUGGCGGUGUUGGAAAAUCGACUCUCUUGAAGAAGGUUAGCAAUGAAUUCCAUAACCAAAACCAUGAUUUCGAUUUUGUCAUCUGGGUCAAGGUGUAUAGACAAGAAGACUAUAUAGAGCAAGUUCAAGAGGCCAUUCGGAAGAAGUUAGAUAUUUCUGAUGGCAUAUGGAAUGAGUGUUCAGGCGAGGAGGAGAAGGCAGCUCAGAUAUAUAGAGUCUUGAAAACUAAAAAGUUUGUUCUGCUAUUGGAUGAUGUAUGGGAGCGGUUCGACCUUUUAAGACUGGGCAUCCACCUUCAGAGUGAUCAUUGGAAUCGCUCCAAAGUAAUAUUUACAACCCGUUCGGUGGAGUUGUGCAACGCAAUGGGAGCUCAAGAGACAAUUGAAGUGGAGUGUUUGCCACCGGAUCAAGCCUUGUUAUUAUUUAGGAUGACAGUAGGUGAAAAUAUCCUGAAUAACGAUCCAGAGCUUUCAAAAUUGGCAGAAAUUAUAGCCACAAGAUGUGGAGGGUUGCCACUUGCUCUCCUCACUGUGGGUCGAGCCAUGGCUAGUCGGAGGAAUCCCGCUGAGUGGCGCCACGCAGCUGAGCUGUUACAGAGCAACCCAUCGGAGAUUGAAGGCAUGGCGGCUCAUGUUUUUCCUCUUCUCAAGUUUAGCUACGAUAGCUUGAACAAUGCCACAGCUCAAAAUUGUUUUAAAUAUGGUUCCAUAUUUCCAAAGGAUUAUAACAUCAGAAUAGAUGAGCUUAUUGACCUGUGGAUGGGAGAAGGCUUUUUAGAUGGAUCAAAUCCACGCGAUCAGGCAGAAUAUAUAGUUGGGACUUUAAAGCUUGCAUAUUUGCUGGAAAGUGAUGAAUCUAAACAAUGUGUUCGUAUGCAUGACAUAGUCCAUGACAUGGCCAUGUGGUUAGCCCGAGAUCAAGGCAAAAACAGGAACAAGGUUUUGGUGGCAAAAAGUGGAACCGUUACAUAUCAGGAACUCACAAAAUGGGAAGGGGCGAAUUGGAUCUCCUUGUGGGGUAGUAGUAGCAGAGUGAACAUAGAUUACUCACCAUCUUGCAAUCACCUAUCAUCUUUGCUCUUUAGAGAUACACUGCUGAAAUCAUUCCCCAGUGGAUUCUUUAACUCUAUGCCGGCUUUGAAAGUGUUGGAUUUAUCAGGUAAUCAAGGCUUAGUUGAGAUACCUGACAUUGGAAAUGUGAAAACGUUGCAGCAUCUUAAUCUGUCAUUAACAAGAAUAGCAGAGUUGCCUGCUGGCCUUGUGAAGUUAACUAACCUCAGGUGUUUGCUAUUAGAUCAUACCGCAAAUCUUAAAAGGUUUCCCAAGGAGGUGAUCUCCAGUCUUUUACUUUUGCAAGUCUAUAGUAAAAUAAAUGGAGUCCUUGAGUACUUUGACCCUGUUGAAGUUCCAGCUGAUGCUGAAGUUGCAUUCUUAGAUGCCUUGGAGUGCUUGAAUCACAUAAAUAAAAUAUGUAUCACAAUAUUUGCUGCCUCUUCUGUCGACAAAAUUCUGGAGUCCUACAUUUUACGGAGUUGCAUUAGAAAGUUAACAAUCAUGGACUGUAAGGGUUUGAUUUCAUUAUGUUUUACACAAGAAUUUGGUAAUCUAGAGAGGCUUGCGAUUUCUGGUUGUUAUUCACUCAAAGAGAUUAUGUUAUCAGAAUGGUGUAAACUCGGCAACCUUCGUGAGGUGUACGUAGGAGUUUGCCCUCUCUUAUUAAACCUCAACUUCCUCGCUUAUGCUAAAAACCUUGAGACUCUUACCAUAAUUGAUUGUGAGUUGCUGGCGGUAGUUACCAGCGAGAUAAUAGCAUUCCCCGCACUGAAAACUAUUUCUUUGACUCGUCUCCGAAAUUUGAGUAGCAUCUGUCCAUCACCCAGAUGCUUUCCUUCUCUGUCAGAGAUUGAAGUAUCUCAGUGCUCGUUGUUGAUGAAGCUUCCAUUUGAUUUAGAUACUGCAAAUUUAUUGCAGAAAAUUAGAGGAGAAACAGAAUGGUGGAAUGGCUUGAUUUGGGAUGAUGAAGCCAUUUGGGAUGCUUGUCGCUCGAAAUUUGUAUCCACCUCAUCCAGACCCCUGCAGAAAAAGAAAGAUCAGGCAUCCACUAGCAGUUUGUGUGUUACUUUUGUAGGUCAACUAUUUGAUGAUUUAGAAGCUAGUUGCAAAUAUGUUGAAGCAUUGGGGCCAUGGACCAUCUUAAAAUGA